AUGGGGGCAUCUCGUCCAGGUGAAUCGCGUGAUGACUCACUUGUAGUGUGGAAGGAGGUGGACCUGACCCGACUGUCAGAAAAGGAGCGCCGUGAUGGUUUGAACGAAAGCAUGGAUAACACCACGCUGCUGAUUGAGCUGGAGUACUGUAAUGGAGGGAACCUCUACGAUAAGAUUCUGCGGCAGAAAGACAAGUUAUUUGAAGAAGAGAUGGUGGUUUGGUAUCUCUUCCAAAUUGCAUCAGCUGUGAGCUGCAUUCAUCGAGCAGGAAUUCUGCACAGAGAUAUAAAGACAUUAAAUAUCUUUCUAACCAAGGCAAACCUGAUUAAAUUGGGAGACUAUGGGUUGGCAAAGAAGCUGAACUCUGAGUACUCUAUGGCCGAGACUCUGGUGGGAACUCCAUAUUACAUGUCCCCAGAACUGUGCCAGGGUGUGAAAUACAACUUCAAAUCAGAUAUUUGGGCAGUGGGCUGUGUCAUCUUUGAGCUGCUUACUCUGAAGAGGACCUUUGAUGCCACUAAUCCCCUGAACCUUUGUGUGAAGAUUGUACAGGGAAAUCGCGCCAUGGAGGUUGAUUCCACUGUCUACUCCCGAGAGCUGAUCCAAAUGGUGAAUUCCUGCCUUGAUCAGGAUCCAGAGAAAAGACCCACUGCAGAUGAAUUGCUUGAACAUCCCCUUCUCAGCAAACGCAGGAGGGAGAUGGAAGAGAAAGUCACACUGCUUAAUGGGCCGAAUAAGCGACCAAGGUCAAGUACCGUGAAUGAGGCUCCCAUUGCAGUGGUGACUUCGCGCACUAGUGAGGUGUAUGUUUGGGGUGGCGGGAAGUCCACUCCUCAGAAGCUGGAUGCCAUCAAAAGUGGCUGCAGUGCACGCCAGGUGUGUGCUGGUAACACUCACUUUGCUGUGGUGACAGUGGAGAAGGAGCUCUACACCUGGGUGAAUAUGCAGGGGGGCACCAAGUUGCACGGGCAGCUGGGACAUGGAGACAGAGCCUCUUACCGGCAGCCAAAGCAUGUUGAGAAGCUGCAGGGAAAAGCCAUUCGCCAGGUGUCCUGUGGAGAUGACUUCACAGUGUGCAUCACAGAUGAGGGCCAGGUGUAUGCCUUUGGCUCGGACUAUUAUGGAUGCAUUGGCGUUGACAAGGCUUAUGGCUCUGAAGUGCUUGAGCCGCUGCAGCUGGAUUUCUUUCUUACCAACCCUGUGGAGCAGGUCUCGUGUGGAGAUAACCACGUGGCAGUGCUGACCAGGAGCAGAGAAGUUUACACAUGGGGCUGUGGAGAGUAUGGGCGCUUGGGCUUGGAUUCAGAAGAAGAUCACUACACCCCUCAGAAGGUGGAUGUUCCAAAGACCUUAAACAUUGUGUCUGUUCACUGUGGCUGUGAUGGGACUUUCCUGCUCACCCAGACAGGCAAAGUGUUGGCAUGUGGACUCAACGAAUUCAACAAGCUGGGCCUGAAUCAGUGCACAUCAGGGAUCAUCAACCAUGAUACGUACUGUGAGGUGCCAUAUGCCACUUCCCUUACUUUGGCCAAGCAGCUGUCCUUCUACAAGAUCCGUACCAUUUCUCCAGGGAAGACCCACACAGCUUCCAUUGAUGAGCGAGGCCGCCUGCUGACCUUCGGCUCCAACAAGUGCGGACAGCUUGGUGUUGGGGACUAUAAGAAGCACCUGGGAAUUAACCUGCUGGGAGGCCCCUUGGGGGGUAAGCAGGUGAUCAGGGUUUCAUGUGGAGAUGAGUUCACCAUAGCUGCUACUGACGACAACCAUAUCUUUGCCUGGGGUAACGGCGGGAAUGGGCGUCUGGCAAUGACAUCAACCGAGAGAACUCAUGGCUCGGAUAUUUGUACCUCAUGGCCUCGGCCAAUAUUUGGAUCAUUGCAUCAUGUUCCAGACUUAUCGUGCCGUGGCUGGCACACCAUCAUCAUUGUUGAAAAGGUGUUGAACUCUAAAACAAUUCGAUCCAACAGCAGUGGCCUGUCCAUUGGUACUGUGGCUCAGAGCUGCACAACUGGAGGAGGAGAGGAAGAGGAUAAUGAACAGGAAGCAGAGACCCCCAGUCCCAGUGGAGGCUUUCGGGGAACCAUGGAAGCAGAUCGUGAGUUGGGGGGCUGGAUCAGCACCACAGAAGCGAAGGGAGGCAACAGUGCUGACAGCAGCUCCUGCCCUGGCUGGCUGCGGAAGGAGCUGGAGAACGCUGAAUUCAUCCCCAUGCCUGACAGCCCCUUUCCUCUGAGUAUGGCAUCUUCGGAGCCUGAGAAGGAGACUCUCCCUUACCAGAAACUUCAAGGACUCAAAGUGGCCUCUGAGGAACCCGUUGGAUUAAACGAGCCCAAAACAGAGCCCUGGCCUCCUUGCCUGAGUCCAACCUUGCCAUGUGGUGAAGGGAAGGCUGCGUCUCCUGUUGCAGGCUGCAUGUGCAGUGCUCUGCAGGCGGAGGUGACGCACCUCCGAGGCCUGGUUUUGCAGUGUCUGGAUGAUCAGAAGAAGCUGCAGCAGGAAACCAUUUGUCUGAGUGCCCAGCUCCAGCAGUUCUGCAGGGGGAUGGAGGGAAUGCAUCAGGUGGAGGUUCAUUCCAAAGGAACACAGACAGCCAAAGAGGAGAUGGAAGUGGAUCCAAAACCUGACUUGGAUUCAGAUUCCUGGUGUCUCCUGGGAACGGACUCGUGCCGCUCCAGCCUCUAGUCUCCUGAGCCCACUGGGAUCCAUCUAACUUCACAGCACACUAACCGAAUGCAGAGAGCGGCUUUCCUGGCUUCAGGUCACUCGCAGACAAGGAGCGAGGCCGGAGGCUCCAGAGCAGCACCCAUGUACGUUUGAUAUGAACUAGGAGUGAGUUUGAGAGGGGAAGGGCCGCUGAGCUCUAGGCCAGCUCAGUGAUUGAAGCAGCAACAGCUCCUCUUUGUACCUUAUCUGUCAAUUCCGCACGUGAAGCAGAACGGCCCCAUCACAGCGAUGGCUCCAGUAGCAGCUCGUGGCCCUUUCAUUGUUUCACUGCUUCUUGGGAGCUGCCUUUGGGACCCCAGUAUUCAUCACUGCAUCUCUAGAUGAGAGGAGGAGACAUGUUUUGUACUGAAGCUGGCUGAACCCUAAGACUCGCCACCUUCACUUCAGAGGGGUGAAGGACUAGGAUCCUCUCCCU